AUGGGCACGGGCGGCACGGUUGUCAUCACCUCGCAUGCUCCGAUCGAGCAUGACCCCCCGCGACAGAGGCCACCUCUGCAGCAUCGCGUCGUCGACGGCACUCGCUUCUGGGCAUCGCGGUUCUUCCCAUGGUCUGCUGACAAGGCGGAGGUCAAGCUUCACGAUAUUACGAAGGCUCGAUACGUCCCAUGGCUAGGUCUUGGUGCUCUGGCUUUAUCUGGAUUGACUAUUCUAUUCUCUUGGAUCGUCCUCAGGGUCAUCGACGGGCAUAGGCAGAGGGAAGAAAGGUACCUGAAACCUGCUUCGUGGCUAUCUGCCAUUCUAUCCGGCAAUAGCGUUCUUCUUGGCUUUGCGAUGAGCGAAGGUAUCACUAUAGCUUGGUGGUUUACCGUCUCGCAGAGAAAUGCGACAGUCCGGGAUAUUCAUGAAGCUUGGUCACUUGGUUCCAGCCUUUUUACCGUCCUUCGGGCUGGAAAGAGAUUUAACUAUAUCGCAUUAGCAACACUCUUUGUGGCGUCGAUUCCCCUCAAUGGUCUGCUCUUGCAAAACGCCAUCACGACUGUACCAGGCACUCAUGUCAAUACAACCAUGAUCGAAGUGGGCAUAGCGUCGGACCUACCAAGAGGAUUCUCCGCCGACCUAUCCGAUGGUUCUAUCAGCACAUUUGGUCAGAUCUUUUCGCAAGCUCUUGUGUUUGCUGAUCGGGACCUUGGUUUUUCUGGUGUGGACCCCGUUUUCAUCAAUUCUCCUCUGUGGAAUGGAUCCGGAAGCUGUGGUGCUGAUGAUCUUUGGGGCACGUGUACUGGGCGGGUCAGCAGUCCUGGCUUCUCAGCUGAUUGUGCGGACUUCUCUGAGCCGUAUGACAUUGACCCUAAAAGUCGUAACGGUCAACCAUUUUCUGCAGUGAUCUUUUCCAGCAAGAUCGACUGGGAUGUCAACGCUCCAGGUGAAUUCAACCUCACACUACGCCUCAAGGAUGCUACCGAUUGUGUGGGCCAGUACAUCGGUCGAAGUUGCAUAUUCCGUGCCGCUCGGGUGUCGUACCCUAUUACACUGUUCCCGCGGUCUGAAUUGAGUGUUGGGUCCUACCUGAGAAAUCUUGAUUUGGGGACUAGUUUCAAUAUCCUUAGUCUGGACCCCAACACCACCUUCGACGAUGAUCAUGUCGAAUCAGACAUCCCAGUACCUUCCGAGGCUGAUUCGGCAAACACUACAUUUGGUGGUGUUGUGAAGUAUCUGAAAAGCGUCUAUGACGCCGAGUUAACCUGGGACUGGAAUGGUACGCAUUGGCACAUCAACCCCACAGGGAAGCAAGCAGAGUACGCAGUCAUUGAGACUUACAUUCUUGAGCCCACCGGUCUCCCUCGGAGCGCUUCCGCUGCAAGCUCACUGGCAGAUCCGAACUAUUGUAAAAACAGGCUCUUCGGUUAUCAGGAAAAUGGUCGCCCUGCAUUGGAGUAUCAAUUGAAGGAUCGUCUGAGGCAUCUCAUGUUCUUGUCCAGCGUCAUGCAGAAUAUCCUCGACCCCGAUUUUUGGUACACUCAGAAUGUGACCGCCCAGAGGACCACCAGUGUACCGCAAUACAAGAUCCUGUAUCGGUACUGGGCCGGUUCCCUGGCGGUAACGGUCACCAUUAUUUGCAUGAUCAUUCCGACAUUCUGGGGCUUUUGGCUGCUGAGUGGCAAGCUCACGUUGAGUCCCAUCGACACGGCCACGGCGUUGGAAGCACCACUUGUUCUGUCAGAGAACAGCAUCGAAGAUUCCAAGUCGCGCCUGGAGGAAAUUGGGUCGCGGCCACUUUCCUCCCUGCGACGAGAAGGAUCCGGUAGUCCCUGA